GCGUCAUUAAUGUCAAAAGCUUGAAAAAUCAUAAGGACUACCCGUUGCGGUACCAGAAACACGUGAACCUCCUGUGUAAAAGCUGCUAGGAGAAAAAGUUUUCUGCAGUACUCCGACCACCACUCUCUGCCUUCGGUGGUACUCUUGUCAGUACCCACGUAGCUCUUGGACGUCGAAGCAUAUCGGUAACGGUCUUUGUCGUGCGACUAUUAAAGCUUGGUUUAAAAUUUGCGAAAACGGCCUUAAGCGGUGCUGCUAGUGCUGGUUUUUGUUCCUUCUGGAAGGGAAGCUCGUACCACGGAAAAUUCUUUCAGAGGCUCGAUCCCGGAUCAAAACGGUGAAACUGGGACAAAAGAGUUCUAGUGUAGGACUGGAAGGAGGUUGAUUUUUAAUAGUUUUAUAUCGAGGAGGGUGAUUGCGGCUCAUCAGAGAUGACCGCGUCCCUCGGAGUAGGUGGCGACAGUGGUGGUGACGCCAACAACCAUAACCACGAUGGAACCAACAACCACAACGAUGUCUAUACAGUUUCGGUAACUGGAGCGUACGACAACAAAGCCUUCAAAGGCGAUACCAACAAUGCAGAACCAAAGAAACCACCUCGGGAGAUCUCCGAUGAGGAGGCCUUCCAACAAGGCAAAUUCAAAAUGUCCACCAAAGAAAAAUGGAGGAUACUCAAAAACGUUUCCGCCAUCUCAUGCGCCUUCAUGAUCCAAUUCACAGCUUUUCAAGGAACGGCAAACCUCCAAAGUAGUAUAAAUGCUAAGGACGGUCUCGGUACUGUUUCACUCAGUGCAAUCUACGCGGCGUUAGUAGUAAGUUGCAUUUUCGUGCCAACAUAUGCCAUUAAAAAACUUACCGUUAAGUGGACCCUAUGUUUUUCGUUGUUAUGUUACGCACCGUACAUCGCCGCUCAGUUUUAUCCCAGGUUCUACACCCUCAUUCCUGCCGGUAUUCUCGUGGGUAUCGGUGCGGCACCUAUGUGGGCUUCAAAGGCCACGUAUCUCACACAAGUCGCUGGAGUUUACGCCAAACUCACAGAUCAAGCUGUAGAUGGUAUUAUUGUCCGAUUCUUUGGAUUCUUCUUCUUGGCUUGGCAAACGGCAGAACUCUGGGGAAAUCUCAUUUCAUCACUUGUUUUGAGCAAUCCUCACGGAGGGGGUGGCAGUCAUAGCGGCAAUACAACCGUAGACUACGACGUAUGCGGCGCAAACUUCUGUGUUAUGACUAUUAACAACAACGAUAACUUAGAAAGGCCGGACGACAAAGAAAUUUAUGAAAUCUCCACGAUAUAUCUAGCUUGCAUAGCAUGUGCCGUCAUACUCAUUGCCUUAGUCGUAGAUCCACUUACGAGGUAUGGUGAAAAACAGGGUCGAAGAGCCAGCCAAGUGGAACUAACAGGUAUCCAACUUCUGUCCGCUACAGCCUACCAACUCAAGAAACCAUAUCAGCAACUCCUCAUCCCCAUCACAGUAUGGAUCGGUAUGGAACAGGCCUUCAUCGGGGCAGACUUCACCCAAGCCUACGUCUCCUGCGCUCUCGGCAUUCCUUCCGUUGGCUACGUCAUGAUAUGCUUUGGCUGCGUUAACGCCGUCUGCAGUCUUCUGUUUGGAUCCAUCAUGAAAUACAUUGGUAGGGCGCCUAUCAUGGGCCUGGGUGUGAUAGUCCACGCUGGUUUGCAAACUUGGAUGUUGCUUUGGAGACCUCACCCCGAUACUCCCUUUAAAUUCUUUGUGGCAGCUGGUUUAUGGGGUGUCGGUGAUGCCGUAUGGCAGACGCAAGUAAACGGUCUUUAUGGUACCCUCUUCCGACGAAACAAAGAGGCAGCUUUCUCCAACUACCGUCUGUGGGAGAGUGUAGGAUUCGUAAUCGCCUACGCCUACUCAACGCACAUUUGCGCCCGCAUGAAGCUCUACGUUCAACUUACUGUACUCCUAAUCGGAUUCCUACUCUAUAUCAUCGUUGAAAUCCACCAUCUUCACAAAAUCCGAAGACAGAAGGAGAAGGAAAGGAAGGCAGCUGAGGCAGCUAAAAACAAAGAAAUCGUUCCUCAAGAACCAGAAGAAACCGAUGACGAGAAAGAUGAUAUCGAUGACGAAAUUAUUGUCACACAUUUAUAAAUUAGGCAUUCCCGUUUGUUAAAAAUGGAUAAGCCUGUAGUACUACAAGGGACCAGUAUGGAUAUUAUUGCCUCAUUUUUUAUAUAUGCGAAACAAGAAGAAACUAGCAAUCAAUAUCUAGUCGGAAAAUGGAGCAGUGUAAUACUGAAAUGGAUACUAUGUCUGGAUUGCUUAGUUUGAAAUUAUUGUUAGCUCGAUCAAAUUGUUCUUUUUGUCAAUUGGUAUGUUUUAAUUCGUAAAAGAUGAAGCAAUUGAAACUGUUGCAUAUUGAAAUGAAAAUUAUUAUUUUGUACCCAAUAAAAAACCAGUUUCUUAAUAAUGUAUACGUUGAUCAUAAAACUCAUCUUAAAUUAGAAAAAAAAAUUUAUAGAUUUUCUCAUGAACAAAAAAAUAUAUUUCACUGAUCUACCUGAAUAUUAUUAUUAUUAUUGCAUAAGAGUUCCUAUAAUUUGAAUUGAUUGCAAAUUAUUUCUGUAAUCGUAAUUUAGAUCUUUGUUGAGAGGAUGACAUUGAUAAUAUUUUGAAUGUCAUCCGUGCAACAGAGCGUUAAUAAUAAGUGUAUCCGUAAUAAAAUUUUAACUUUGUCAGUUCUGCAUUUUCUAUAUAAAUUUGCUACUAAUAUUAUUCUAAAUCCUUUAUGAAGGAAAGUUGAAAGGAUUGGCAAGCCAGUUAUGUUAGCUGUCUCUUUGAAAGUUAAAUUUUUUAUCAGUUUUAGCUACAAAUGGGCGAUUUGUGCCAUUCCAAUAUUUUUGUUCGUGAGAAAACACGUUUUACCCUGACUAUUUUGUUUUGCAAAUUAUUUUAACGUUGAAUAGGGUAAAGAGAUUUCUGAAAGUUAUUUUAGGAUCUCCAAAACCAGUAAACUUAUUUUGUUUUUCAAUACUAUUUAUAUAUAUUUUAUUUUUCUGAUAAUUUUAGA